UUAGAAGACGGACGUAUGCUAACGGUGGGUUGGCUCCUUCACGCCUGUCGGUCACUUCCUCGCCAUGUCUGCUAAAUUAAACGCCUUGAAUAGUGACUCUUACAUCGACAUUAGUCAGUACAGAGAUCAACAUUUUAAGGGUAAUCGCUAUGAACAGGAAAAGCUCCUGAAGCAGAGCAACACUUUGUAUGUAGGGAACCUGUCGUUCUACACCACAGAGGAGCAGGUACAUGAGCUGUUUUCUAAAAGUGGAGAUGUUAAGCGCAUCAUCAUUGGUCUGGACAAAAUCAAGAAGACUGCCUGUGGAUUUUGCUUUGUAGAAUACCACACACGUGCAGAUGCAGAACAUGCGAUGCGCUUCAUCAACGGCACGCGGCUGGAUGACCGUAUCAUCAGGACAGACUGGGACGCUGGCUUCAAGGAGGGUCGGCAGUAUGGUCGAGGGAAAUCUGGUGGACAGGUGAGAGAUGAGUACAGACAAGACUACGACCCAGCCAGAGGCGGCUAUGGUAAACUGGCUCAGCAGCACCGAACCACAGAGGUGCGCAAUAGUUUCUAGAGUAGCCUCUCCCCGACACGUCAGCCUGCCUGGACGCCCAGUCUCCGAUCAUUCACAACACUCUCCAACAGGGUCUCACUCCUACCCAGGAGGCUAUCUGGACUACUGUAGUCAACAAGUUAUUAUUAAUGUUGUUUGUUCACUGAAUUUUAUUUGGCAUGAUUGUCCCUGUAUCAGCUGUAACUGCGGACAGUCCAUCUGCUAAACCAAGCCAGAUGACUCUUUUACUCUGACAUAUGUGGACAACUUUUUAUCGCGAGACUUGAUUGGAUUAACAAGGUGGAAUCUGUACGGCGACUAUCCUCAAUAUGUUUGUUUUGUUUUUUUAUUAAAAACUUUUUUCACAUGU